GCUCAGACCAGUCUACGAUGAGCGCACAGACGAUCCGCAGCAGCUCGACCGCGACCUUGCUCGCCGACCUGCGCAAGCGCCGACUCGAACAGCGCCGCGACUUCCACCUCGUCCUCCUCACCGGACUCGAACUCGAACAGCGAGGACAGCUCAACGGAGGCUCCGACGACCAGUGGGAGGCCGCCGAGCAGGUCGCAGUCGCCGCCGUCGAGGGAGGCAACGUCGACCUCGUCCAGACCCUCGUCCUCCGCCUCGACAAGCACUACCGCGACUCGCAGCCCCACCGCGCCAACUACCUGCACGGCCUCGUCCUCGAGGUUCGCGGCGACCUCGACGGCGCGCGCAACUGCUACGAGCGCAAUGUACAGGACGACGAGACCGACGUCCCCUCUCGGAAACGCCUCAUUGCGCUCCACCUCUCGUCCCCUCUCGUCACCCUCCCCGAUCCCCCAACAAAGGGCUCGCCCUCGGCGUCCGUGCCGGCCUCGGCCCAGCCGUACCUCGCGGCGUCGCUCCACCAGCAAAAGGGCAUCUCGGUCCUCGUCCACUACCUCGACAUCUACUACACCGACCUCGCCGGCUGGCUCUCGCUCGCGACCGCCUACGCCCAACUCGCCCUGUACGCUCAGGCGCUCGCCGCCCUCGCGCACGCCGUCGUCCUCGCGCCGAGCGACCCGUGGGUCAAGCUCAAGUUUGCCGAGACGGCCUACACCCAGGGCGACGUCGCGCUCGCGUGGAAAGAGUUCUUGCGCGUCGUCGAGAUGAGCACUGAGGCGGGCGACAAGGAGCUCAAGGGCGCCGCGAGGAGGGCUGCCAUGGGCGCAAAGCUCUGCCUUCCUCGACUGCGCACGCCCGAGAAGAGCAAGAAGGCGAGCAAGGACGCCGACGCCCUCCUCGCGCCGGCCAAACUCGACGAGAUGGACCUCCUCCUGUCCAAGCUCCUCCUCGACGCGUACCACAAGACGGACGGCGCAGUCGGGGCGGGCGUCGUCGAGCGGUGGAUCGGUGGCGGGGCCGAGGCGGGACCGCGAUGA